GGAAAUUCAACCGGUCUCUGUGGUACCAGUGCUUCCUGUUCGAAUAAAACUGGCAUAUAUUACAUAUGUUCUUGCGAUGAGGGCUAUGAAGGAAAUCCAUACCUUUCUUGUCAAGGUUGCAGGUGCUUCGUCAAUCAUUUCACUUUCCUUUUCCCUUGGCUUCUCUCCUUGUGUUUGUGUUUAACAAAGAGAGCUGAGCUAAAAUGGGACGUCCCCAAGGAGACUCUUCCUCAUACCAAACUGAUCAACCUCAAGAAUACCCACUGGACGCAACCAUUGAAUCCACUGCCAUUCAAUCUGAUUUCGCUGCUCAAACCCUUGAAAUCAACUACUAUGAUUCUACCCAACAGGACAUGUACAGUGCUGACCCUGAACCCCAACAACAACAAGAAGACUAUAACCAGCAGCCACCGCAACAACAGCAAUACCAGCCAUCACAAUUCCAGCCACCUGAAGCUCGGCAGCCGCAAGCACAACAGUACCCUCCUACACCUCCGCAAGCUAACCAGGGCUAUGGGCCUUCACCAACCCCGCCUUCCCAGUUUCCACCCCAAAGUGGACCAAACAACCCAGCAUACCCACUACAAGGUCCACAAACAAUCCCAUCUCGACCCCCACAAUUCCCAGCUCAGAGCCCGAUUCAGCCUGCUGCAUACCCACCACAAAGUCCACAAACAAUUCCUACCCAGCCAGUGCAGUUUCCACCCCCAAGCCCACAAUCCCACCCGAUUUACCCUGGCGGGACGAAUCAAACUGUAGCGUUCCCGCCACAACUCCCACAACAGAUUUCAAGAAAUUAUCCUCCUCAGGUUACACCGCAGCCUUUUCCUCCUCAGGCAGCACUGCAAGCUUUCACUCAAAAUGCUUACCAAGCACCACAGCCACAGGCAGUGUCAUUCCCUCCACAGAAUAAUGCUGCACCGGGAUAUAACAUGCCAUCUUCGCCAUAUAAACCCGCAGCUCAGGCAACAAUGGCCGCACCAGGGAUUCCGGUGAUGACACAGGAAGGGCAGGUUUACAAUGAGGGCUGGAGGACUGGGCUAUUUGAUUGCAUGGAAGAUCCAAUGAACGCUGUGACAACAGCGUGCUUCCCAUGCAUCACAUUUGGCCAAGUUGCAGAAAUUAUUGACAAUGGCCACACCUCAUGUGGGACGAGUGGACUGUUGUAUGGUUUGAUCGCGGCCUUCAUAGGGUUGCCAUGCAUAAUGUCAUGCAGCUAUCGAACGAAGCUAAGGGCAAAGUAUGGACUGGUGGAGUCGCCGGCCCCGGACUGGGUCACUCAUUUCUUCUGUGAAUGGUGUGCCCUUUGUCAAGAGUAUAGAGAGCUUCAAAGAAGAGGCCUGGAUCCUGCCAUUGGUUGGCAGGGAAAUGUUAGAAGGCAAAGCAUGCAACCACCUCAAGUCGCUAUGAUGCCUCCGAUGGACCAAAAAAUGAUGCCGUGAUUCUAUUGAUAUUUUAUUUAUAAAUAUGGAUGUGAUUCUUUCUUUUU